UUUCAUUUUUUAAGGAACUUUGAAUCCUAACCGAUCACGGCAGGAUAGAGACCGUGGGUUCGACCAGCUGAAGGCGCGGCUCCCAUUGGUGGUUCAAGUUCGGAUGGACCGGAGCGGGGCUCCAGCGCUCGCGGGAGCGUCUGCGCCGUGACUGGAGUCCUGGGUGGCGCGGGGCUCUCGGCGCCUUUUGUGUUGGGGCGCGCUCGGGCGGCGGGGCAGCCGGGCUCUCCAGGCUUGCUUGGUUUUUUUCCACCCUGACUCGUUACCCCAGACUCUUCGCAGAUGUUAGUUCACAGUUUUUCAGCUAUGGACCGUCACGACGGCACCAGCAACGGGACGGCACGGUUGCCCCAGCUGGGCACUGUAGGUCAAUCUCCCUACACGAGCGCCCCGCCGCUGUCCCACACCCCCAACGCCGACUUCCAGCCCCCCUACUUCCCCCCGCCCUACCAGCCUAUCUACCCCCAGUCUCAAGAUCCUUACUCCCACGUCAACGACCCCUACAGCCUGAACCCCCUGCACGCACAACCACAGCCGCAGCACCCGGGCUGGCCCGGCCAGAGGCAGAGCCAGGAGUCUGGCCUCCUGCACACGCACCGGGGGCUGCCCCACCAGCUUUCGGGCCUGGACCCUCGCAGGGACUACCGGCGGCACGAAGACCUCCUGCACGGCCCACACGGGCUUGGCUCAGGACUCGGAGACCUCCCGAUCCACUCCUUACCUCACGCCAUCGAGGACGUCCCGCAUGUAGAAGACCCGGGUAUUAACAUCCCAGAUCAAACUGUAAUUAAGAAAGGCCCCGUGUCCCUGUCCAAAUCCAACAGCAACGCCGUCUCCGCCAUCCCCAUAAACAAGGACAACCUCUUCGGUGGCGUCGUGAACCCCAACGAAGUCUUCUGUUCAGUUCCGGGUCGCCUCUCGCUCCUCAGCUCCACCUCGAAGUACAAGGUCACGGUGGCGGAAGUACAGCGGCGCCUCUCACCGCCCGAGUGUCUCAACGCUUCGCUGCUGGGCGGAGUGCUGCGGAGGGCGAAGUCUAAAAAUGGAGGAAGAUCGUUAAGAGAAAAACUGGACAAAAUAGGAUUAAAUCUGCCGGCAGGGAGACGUAAAGCUGCCAAUGUCACUCUGCUCACAUCACUAGUGGAGGGAGAAGCCGUCCACCUAGCCAGGGACUUUGGGUACGUGUGUGAAACCGAAUUUCCUGCCAAAGCAGUAGCUGAAUUUCUCAACCGACAACAUUCCGAUCCCAAUGAGCAAGUGACAAGAAAAAACAUGCUCCUGGCUACAAAACAGAUCUGCAAAGAGUUCACUGACCUGCUGGCUCAGGACCGAUCUCCCCUGGGGAACUCACGGCCCAACCCCAUCCUGGAGCCCGGCAUCCAGAGCUGUUUGACCCACUUCAACCUCAUCUCCCACGGCUUCGGCAGCCCGGCGGUGUGCGCCGCGGUCACGGCCCUGCAGAACUAUCUCACCGAGGCCCUCAAGGCCAUGGACAAAAUGUACCUCAGCAACAACCCCAACAGCCACACGGACAACAGCGCCAAAAGCAGUGACAAAGAGGAGAAACACAGAAAGUGAGGCCCUGCCCCCCAGGCCCUGCGUCUCCCCGCCCAGCGAGCACACCCACUCGGUCGUCUCCCCCACCUACCCCCGCAGGCAGGUGCCAGCUUCGGGAUCAGCAACCCCCCCACCGCUGCUAGUGCUGCCAACGCCGCGCCUCCCUCCACCCCCACCCC